GUUUAUACUGCGUCUAAAAGCAUCUCAUGGUUUCUGGCAGUUUCCUCAUUAACGAUAAGGCUGGUGAAUAGAAAACAAGAAUGUCAUUCCGACUGUCUAGUUCUGGUGGAGAUGCCUUGCAGUCUUUCACCAGAAGUGGAGGACGUACUCCUUUGAGAAGUCUACAAAAUGAAAUUCUUCAUCCCUCAACAGAAUCCUCUAAUGUCCCCCCAAAACCCAUUGUCAGUUCAGAACCAGUAAAACAUGCCAAGGUAAUUGUUGCACUUGAUGACGCACUGAAGAAUGCCCCUGUUAAUAGUACUGACGGUAUGACAGCCCAGUCCAGCAAGGAGCAUUUUGAGCAUACCUCUUACAGCACUGAAGAGCUGGACAUUGAACAUACUUUUAAUUCUAGUGAUGUAAUAUUAAAGUCUUAUGAGUGCGAUGGUGGGAAUGUGGAAAUUUCAGAUGAGCUUGUUGAAAAAUCUGAUGACAGUAUUGCUUUGCCUGAAAACGGGCUUAGUGAAUAUCCACAACAUGGACAGACUCUUGAUUCAAGUAAUAUCUUCGAUGUCACUAAUGACUGUAACACCGAAGAAGAAAAAACAGACCACCUUUACUGCAAGAGGGAAACUAGUAUGGCAUCUGUAAUCAGCACAGAUGAAGUUCUACGAUACAACCCAAUUGACGCAGUUGCUGACAUAACCUUGAAAUCCCUAAACUGUACGGGAGGGGAGAUCGAAAUCACAGACUCUAUUCAUCUUGAUGACCAAACCAUUCCUUUACCAGCUGGCCAGAGCAGGGGUGAUGCAGAGUCUUACAAUGAGAGAACACAUUCAAACCUUUUCACAGAGGAAGUUGAUCAUAUAGAGCACCCCUACUGUGAUACAGGAGCAGUGGAUUUUCAUGUCUUAAAUGAGCCAAGUGCUCAUGAAGUUUUGAAUGAGAAAGACCAGACGGAGAAAGACGCCGAUUACAAAGAUGUUUCUCUGAUUAACUCUAAGCUGGAUAAUGAAAGUUAUAACGCAAGCAUCAAGGCAGCUUCUUUUGUAUCUGAGGGGCAAUCUUGCCAAGAGCAACUGGAUACCAAUGGCAUAUUAAAACAAACUGAUAAUCACAUUGAAGAAAACGACACAUUACAGGUAAGCCUAAUAAAAGACGAAAUCGUGGAUGCCUCAUUGCCAGAAGAUGCGUCUCCAUUAUUAAACACUAGUCAAUCUGAAAAUGGCCAACAGCCUACGCAAGAAAAAUCACACCUUGAUCUUAGUUCCAUAGCUUUGUCACAACCCUCAUCCCAUGACAGCCACCACAAGACCAUAUCAGCUACAUCUAAUGCUUAUCUGGAUAAUGAAGCGAUGAAUAUUUCAAAAAAAUUGCCAGAAGAUGCAUCUCCAUUAUUAAACACUAGUCAAUCUGAAAAUGGCCAAGAGCCUACACAAGAAAAAUCACACCUUGAUCUCACUUCUAUAGCUUUGUCACAACCCUCAUCCCUUGAAAGCCACCACGAGACCAUAUCGGCUACAUCUAGCCCUAAUCCUGAGGUUGAAGAGAUGAAUAGUUCAAAAAGUGAAUCCCAAGUCCACUCCAGUGUUCCUCCAAGUCAGGGCUGCGAUACAACCGACAGUGCUCUUGGUUUGUCUGCCAAUGUUCCUCCUGUAUCUACCAAACAACCACAAGCUGAAACCCUUCCCGAUGUUUUCAAGGCCAUCUCCGAGUGCACCCCCCUCCAGUUGAAAUUCCUCACUCCAAUAGUCCGUAGAGCCUCCCUAGCUUGUAAGCAGGCUCAAAAGGAACUGGGUAUAGAUCAGAUUGUCACGGAUGAUUGCGCACCGUCACAGCAUAAAUCUGUUGCGCGUCCCAUUGAUGUUGACCAUGCUGAUUUAUGGCAAGAGCACCUUGACAGUCCAAUGCCACGUCCUCUGUUCAAUUCAACUGAGCUGGUUCACAGAUCUCAGCCGUGCGUAGCGAUGGAAAUGAAUGAAGAUGUUUCUCCUGCACAGCCUAGAGUUGAUAAGCCAGUUCUGGAUGUCCCUGUGAUACCGGAAGGUCCACUGCAGCAGCAGCUUCGACAAAUGGCAGAAUUUCUCAUGUUGGCUUCAGGAAAGAUGGGUCCUGUUCAUGUACCAGCUCCCGCCUCCCCUCCGCCCCAAGCCGAACACUGCGAUGUCUGUGUGGGCACAAGUCCAAUGAAAAUGGUCACUCAUAGCAUCAAUACAUCCGGACAGUUUGAGAGAAAAAGAAGCAUCUCUGUUGAAGAUCAGGGUACUUUGACGGACCCGCUCCUCUGGAAUGUACCUAUGGGCAGUCUGGAGGACGUCCACAGGCCUGAGUUGGAGCAAAGGUUACUGUCCACCAUGAUCAUUGUGGAGGCUUUGGUGCAGCAGCUGGCGGCAGCUCGAGCGCACACACUGCCCCCUGCUGGAGCUGCCCCGUCAGAGCUCCGGGAGAGAGCAGUACAGACAGAGCAUACAGAACUCAGUCAGACUUCAAUGAACAGACACCUGUAUUUGGAAGCUCUGAACAGAAUUACAGAGUUAGAGAUGGAUGCCAGUUCACUACAAAAUCUCAUUCAGUACAUGCAGAAUGUGAAGACAAAUAUGAAUGUGCUAACCCAUGAUACUGAAGCAGCUCUACGUCAAAUGAAACGGAUUGGAGAUGUUGUUACAGAAGACCAUAAUAGCCUUGUUUCAAAUUACGCUCAGAUGAAGUCACUGGUGGGGAAGUCGAGGGAAUCUCAAGUGAGAAUGAUACAGAAGGUCAAAGAUGCUCUCCAGGACAGAGAGGACAUGCGUACAAAGAUGGAGGAAGCAUUCUCUGCUAAGGACACUGCCUACAGUGUGAUGGGCCAGCUGAGAAAACACUGUUCCACUGAAAUCUCUGAGCUGGAGAAAUGUGUGGGAUCACAGCAAGAACUGUUGUCUGCUCUGCGAAAAGCUCACCCAGAACAGGUUUCACUGAAUAAGGCUUAUUCUGAAACACUGAACUCUGCUUCAGUGCUUCUGUGUAAAACCACAGACGAACAGUCCAGUCUGGCAAAAGAGCUCUUCGCCGUGAGGGGCCUGCUGCAGAAGUGCACCCCGAUGCUUCAGAGCCUGAACAAGAAGGCAGACACUGCUCUGAGAGAGCGGGACGAGCAGAUCGCUGAGAGGGACCAAGCCGUACAUGAUAAACAACAGACUGAAGAGGAGCUAAACGAGGCACUCCACAAUCUCCAAACUGCACAGCAACAGAUCAGUGAUUUGAAUCUACAAGUGACAAUUCUGACAUCAGAGAUGGGAGUGUUGCGCCAAAAGCUGAGUGAGAGUGAUGAGGAGCGGGCUCAGCUGGACAGAAAGGCCACCGAGCUGUCGGCCACUGUGUCCUCCACUUUGGCAUCGUACACGUUUUUGGAACAGGCUCUCGUUUCCGAAACUACAAAGUUGCAGCAGUCAUGGACGGACAUAAAGCAAGCCAAAGACAGGGUUCAAGAAUUGGAGUCCUCUCUGGUCCAGUCCGAGCAGUGUGUGAAUGAUCUGUCUGCGGCUCUGGCGCACAGUGAGGACCAGGUCUCUCAGCUGUGCGCUCUCUCUGAGGCUCAGGCUCAACAGCUGCAGCAGCUCCAGGAAAUGUGCACCCAGCUCCGGGGAGUACGCGAGGAGAACGAGUUUUUGCAAAUGGAAAAUGAGCUGAGCAGGGAACAAAUGGCGGAGAGUGAGCGCAUGCUGCGGGAAAACCUGCAGAGUCUGAGGGAGAGGAACAUCCAGUGUGAAGACCUGAACACAGAACUCAGUCAACUUCAACAUGCAAACAAGAACCUACAAGAAGAGCUGGAAUCUGUAAGAACCAAACUGUCCACCAGUCACAUGGAGCACAAGGAACAACUGGAACAGAUCGUCACUGAAAUCGCCAUUUUGCACCACACUGUGAGGAGUAUGACCAAUGAGCUGCAGGCUUCUAUAAAGGAAGAGCAUUCAGAUGAGCCAUCUCCUCACAACAUCUCCGGCUCCUCUGUGGACAGUGUCAUGGUGGCACCAACAACUGAGCAGGAAGAAAGCCCCAAACUCGCUGCUUCAGAUUCAGCAGAUGUACCAUUUCACCUGGUCUUCAGCGAGAGCAGUGCCUUCACGCGCAUCACAGCAUUCACUCCAAAGAGGGGGCGGCGUUCCGAGAGCGACACGGAGGAGCAGAGCAGUGUGUCCGAGCUGCUGGUCGGGCUGGACUCCACGGUCACAGAGCUUAGAAACACCCUGGUCUCAGAGCAGCAACGCAAAGACGCACUGCUGAAGGAGAGACAAGACGCCAUAUGCCGCCUGCAGAGGGAGCUAGAGGCUGCAAACAGCGCUCACCAAACUGAAGUGUCAGAGCUGCAGUUUGAGCUAAAUCGGCUCAAGGCUCGGAUGGAAAAGGCCAAUGCAUCUCUACAACAGAAGGCCCAGGGUGAAAAAACUGUGUCGAAGUUGGUGACUGAGAUGAGUGAGAUUCAAGAGAUGCACAACAAACUCAAAGCUGACAAUAAUGAGUUGCGUAAAGAAGUGGUGGAGCUGCGUCACUCUCUGAAGCAGUCAAAGUCUGAGACUCAUUUUCUACGUGACGAGCUAAAGAAGCGCGAUGGUUGGUCAGCUCCAGACUUCAUGGACGAGAAGAUCGGCUUAUUAAAGGAGAUAAACAAGCUAAAGAUGAGCCUACAGGCCGAAGAGCAGGCUCGAAAUAAACUUCUGGAAAGGGCAAAAAGACAUCAAGGAAUCUACCUGUCCAAUCAGCAAAAGAGCGAGAAGGAGCUCCAGAUGUUAAGUAAAAUGAUCAAUAAAGUCCGAGAGACUCUGCUGUCUUUGCCUGCGAGUGUGACAAAAUGUGAACAAUUGCAGCAGCUUAUUGAAUAUGUCGGCUAGUUUUUCUAUGUUGUAUUUAUGUAUUCUGUUCUUUUUUUGACAGCUUUCAACUUAGUUUUAAUGUGUUUGAAAUUACAAUAUUUGCCAAUAAAGCAAAAAUAUAUUACAAAAUAAACAUGUUUUCUAC